UGUGACAAUAAAAUGCAACAUGGUGGAAUUGUGCAGCAGACGACGUCUUCUUUCAAUUGGCGUAGCCUUAGCCUUGGUUUACAAGUAUGUCUUUUUUACGGUCCUGAUCUUUCUGCUGUGCACGCAGACAGGAGGUCUUGCAACAGGCGAAAUUCAUUACAGAAAUGAGUUCAAUAAUGUUCUGUUGUGCCGACAAUGUGGUCAUGACGUGGCCCAUGCUUCAGACUUUGUAACAGUAAGCUCUUCCCAGGCUUUAUAUCAGAGAAAUAAAACCAUUCUUGGAAGAGAAGACGUUCUUGUUCAGCUCCUCAAAAAUCCACAUGGACGCCAUUUUGAAGUCAUAACAACUUCUACUGCUGAUGUUACAAAGCAGCCUCGUCUUUAUAAAGAACACAGCUGGUUUGAAGGUUAUGACUGGAAAAUGAUAACGUGCCCACAGUGCCGAUCACACUUGGGAUGGUACUUUGAACCUAGGGAGACGCAGAAACCAGAGACUUGCCAAGAAAAGGGCGAUGAUGAUACAUGCAGUGGGGAUAGAGAUGAUGAAAACCCAUUAGGAGAGAAGAAAAAUCCAUUCCAUGCACUCAUACUGGCAAAUCUUAUUCAUGAAGAAUAUGCUGAAGCUCUGGUGGUACAACCGAAGAUCUUUGGAGGAUAGAUCUCCGACAACAAGAUGUUGGUUUGGUGCAAUAUGAGUAAUUACAGUGAACCCCGUCUACGAGGACCACUCAAGGGAGACAUUUAAAAGUGGCCUUCAUAAGCAGGUGGUCUUUAUCAUACAUGUGUCUUUUUUCUCCUGGCAUUUUAUUCACCCUGGAUUAUUGUUAACCCUGUACCACCCUUGACCUGUACUAAGAUUUUUCCUUUUCUCACAGGCCAAAUUUUCUGCCUAACUCCAGCUAUUAUGAGGAAAAGCAUGUACUCCCGGACUAUUGGCAGCCAUUUAUGAGUCUUAUCUCUGAUUGGACAAUGGUGCUGGCUCCGUUGCCUCUAGUGCACAGAUCGAGCACUGUCAUUGGCUUGGCCAGGUUUGUUGUACGGGGACUCUGAUCCUCAUACCACAAUCGCCCUGCUAAGCCUGCUAUUCUGCAGAGCCAAAUAAUCCUGUAGUAUAGGUGGGGUUAACCCAUAUUCAAAAACGUUGUGAGAAAAGAAAUUGGGCUAAGCUUGACCCCGGACCUUAGGCAGGACUAACCUGCCAUUUAACCCCCAUACAGUACAGGGUUAAGGAAAAUUUUGCCUGUGUGAAAAGGGAAUUAAAUGAGUAUAAUAUAUGUUACACCGGGGAAUACUUUUAACGUAAACAAAACAUGUGGUCUUUAUGUACAGGUAAUCUUAUGUGGUUGCUAUGAGAGGUGGAUGUUUUCAUAAAGCUUUCAGUAAGUAACAAACAAUGUUACGAAUGGCUGGUGGGUGACAUGACAUUUGGUUUGAUCUUAAAGGGAUGCUCCGGGCUGAAGAUAUUUAUAUCUCAUUAAAUACAGUAAAAAUCAGAGAGAAAAAUGCUGAAAAUUUGAUCAAAAUCAGAUAAAAAAUAACAAAGUUUUUGAAUUUUAAAUAUUUGCAUUAUUCCGUUGAAACAGUUCAAGGCAUGUCUUGAAUAUAAUUCAUUAGGUGUGCUGAUGAUGUCAUAUCACCACUUGUUCUUUUGUAUUUUAUUAUAUGACAUUGGGUUUAUUCAUAAUCUUUUCCCAAGAACUAAAACAAUUGAAUUGACAACUGAUCAAGUGCAUUAGUUAUUUCUUGCCGCGACUUAUUUAAUCAUUAUGGAGACACAUCAUUUACGCACUUAUGAAAAAAUGAAACAAUCAUGAUUUCAUGUAAUAACAUAAGAAAAAGGAA